AUGGACCAUUUGGAAGAAAUGAGAGCUUGGGCCGAAGAUCUACGAUUGUCAAGUAGUAGUUCUAGUGAUAAGGAUUAUACUAUCAGAAAUAAAAUGAAAAAAGAAGAACUUGCAGAUGAUUGUGAAGAGAAAAUUGAAGUUGACGUUAUAAAUCCAUUUUUAACAGAGGCGGUGUUCGAUUCAUGUCAAUCGUUGAUUGAUUGGGUUCAAGAAACAGGACAUAAUUUGGGAUACAUCAUCGUUACAAGAAGCUCAUCGAACUCAUCAUUAUUGUUGCAAUGCGAGCGCAGUGGCACGUAUAGAAGGAAGAGAACCUCAACGAAGUCAAGAGGCACGAAAAACCUUGAUUGUCCUUUCAGACUUAAAGGGUUGAAACUACGUGGAGCUGAUGAUUGGAUGGUAAAAGUGCUAUGUGGAAUGCACAAUCAUUCCACUGCAUCUUAUAUGGAGGGGCAUCCGUACGUCGGUCACCUUUUUGACUCUGAAUUUGAGAUAAUGGUAGAUAUGUCUAGCGAUCGUGUCAAGCCACGAGACAUCUUGGCAUCGUUGAAGAAACGAGAUGCGAAAAAUGCGUCAACUAUUAAAACAAUAUACAAUGCACAACAAAAGUUCUGA